CCUUACUUUCCCUAGCUAUGUCUCUUUCCCUGAUUAUCUCAUGUGUGUUUAAGCCCUCAGUUUAGUUUAAUUUCUGUUUCUACUGUUGUUGUGGAUUUGCUGCUGCCAUUUAAAAAAAGCCGAUCGCAGCAGAAAAAGUGAGCAACAACAAAACUAAAACACAAAUGAAAACAAGCAACAACAGCAAAUAAGAAGUUAAACAUGUUUGCUGACAGAUGAAUGACGGCAGGACUGUGAUAGAGGUGAAAGCAUGAAUGACCACAGUGAGCAAAGAAGGAACUUUCAGUCCAAAUCCUUUCAAGAGGGUACAGGACUCCACCUACUUCCACGUAGACUGAGGACUUCUACAGGCACGUGGCUUUCAUCCAGAGACUCUGAGCGUUUGGGCCUGCAAGUGCAGGGGUACUGCUGCCCCCUCCUGCAGAGGCCCAGCAGUGGAAGGGUGAUCCCACAGAGCAGAGGGGGAGGAAAUGAGAAACUGUUCAGCAGCAUCAGGGUGAGGCUGGAAAGCAGAGCAAAGCCAGCAUCAAGGUCCAAAACUGGGAGCAGACCUGAGAUGACCUCACAAAGUGGAGCUCCCACUGUGAGCCAAAGCAAAGAUCCAGUCGAUGAAAGAACAGAGACCUCGAGAACCCCCUGCGACAGCGAGAGGCCGGCUCGACACACGCAUCCUGCUUCCACAAAGGUUUCAGAGCUCCAUCUAUAUCUGCCUUCAUCACUGUGUGAAGAUGAGAAGCAGGACAGAGACGGACGGGACAUAAGGCAUUUAUCAGAGGAGACCAGCGCUGAAGAAGAUGAGGUCAAACUAACCAUCUCACACACAUCACACACCAGUGAAGACGAGCCUAAUCCAGGACUCAGCAAUCCACAGCACAACACAGACACCAACUGAUCACAGGGGAUAACCUUCGGAGCCAGUUUAACUCAAAAGAAUAACCACAUGACCAGCACACACAAACACACAGGCUCCCUAAUGAGGUGGUGUAGUUUCUUCUCAGAAUAUAGCAUCAACGCUCUGCUCUGAGAGCCGGAUGACCACUGAUGGACGACGGUGUAUAUGCACCGCAGGGACACUUGAGAAAAGGUCAAAUUAAUGAGAUCUCUGUGGACAACAUGCCAGUGCAAUACAUAUCACUGUUAGUGGAGCAGAUUUCAAAAUAAAACCUGGAUAAAUGACAGCUGUAGUGACGAGAUGAGGCAAACGAGAAAAACGUAGAAUGUGGAAAACGGAGAGCGCGAGAAUGAAAAGAACAGGACACUGCUAACAAACCACGACCAAAGACUUGAGUUUAAUAGAGCGAUAGAAACCUCAGAGUUCACUGAAGUCAUGUGAUGAGCUGAUCAAGCAGUUCCAGACUGCAAACAGUCACUUUGAAGGCCGUGUUAGUCAGGUGUGUUCACCUGUAACUACAGCUAUAUAGGUUUGUCAGUGAUUUUACAUUUUAUUUUGUUAUGCUCCACAGUCAGCUUUUCUUCCAUUCACACGGAUGUUGGACUUUUAUCAGUUUUAGGAUUCAUGAUUAUUCAGUUUACCUGAUUUACCUGAUUAUGUGUUUCGUGUUGUAAUAACUGAGAAGCCAUCAAUGAAUAGAAGAAUUUGUGGAUUAUUUUGUUUCAUUAAAGACAUUUGUUUCUUAGUAUAAAACAAAAAGCUCAUUUAAUUUACUUAUAUUUAUAAUAACAAUGUGUGAUGUUUCUGCGUCUGCAGUCCUUCUGGAAACAAAUGAUCCAAAGGCACCGGUACACAGUCCAUAGUUGUCUGCUGACAGGCAGUCCACUAUCAGCUACAGCUCCUGUUGUUGGUACACCUGUUGGUUAUUGUUGUCACUGUUCUAACUUUAAGGCUUUAUAAACCCAAGUGGACAAGUUACAGGUUAUUGUAACUUCCCCGUGGCUCAGGGAAUUGGGAAGCUCAUCUGUAACCGGAAGGUUGCCAGUUCAAUACCCCUGCUCUCUCUGUCCUGGUCGUUGUGUCCUUGGGCAAGACACUUUACCCUACCGCCUACUGGUGUUAGCCAGAGGGGCCGAU